UGAAGCCUAACUUGUUCCUGUGAGAACUACUCUUCUUGCGAUACAUAUUUGCCCUCUCCAUGUUGCUUCCAGCAGUGUUGUUGCUGCAAACCGCGUGGCUUACGUCUGCAGCUGCAGACACCCUGCACAUCACAGAAGAUGACGAUGAAUGUUUCUCAGAAGGAGGUUGCGCCUUGAAUGCCUUGCAAGCUCGUGCUCUGAGCAUUUCUGGAUCAUCCAAAGAGGCGGAAGAUGGAAUACCUGGAUUGUUGGACCCAGACAUUUCCGAUGUGUUGCCAGACCCUGAUGGUGACACCGAUUCACCUGAUGGUGAGGAAGAAACUUCGCAUUCAGGAUCAAACCUUUGUAGUGGAGAAACGUUUGACAGGUCCAAGGAAGGCUGUUGCGCUGGGGCAUUGUAUGACCGAGUGUCAGAAGGAUGCUGCAACGGAGACAUUUACAACGUGGAACAUGAAGAUUGUUGUGGAGGAAAAGAGUCUUAUGACACCAGAACUCAAGGUUGCUGCAACAACAAACAUGUUUUUGACCUUGGUGAAGAGUUUCUAGUCUUUGGGCUGAAAUGUUUGAAGCCGUUGGAGCCUGAGGAUAGGAAAGUCUCAUUUAAUUGUACCGAUGAGUGGCCACCAAAGAACUAUGCAACAGUUUGGCAGCGGUAUUGCGCUGCACAAUCUGAAGGGACUCACAUGGCUUGGGCGAUGACCCCAUCAUGCCAGGUUGGGUGGCUCUCAGUCAAGCAACCUUCAGUGGCUGAUGCUGAGCAGAAAGCGGUGAGCCAGUGUCAAACGAGAGCCUCAUCCUACAACGAUGAAUCAUGUCAUGUCUUUGACCUUGACGGCAGCCUUUGCUCACGUCAACGCUGUGGCACAACACUUUAUGAUGCGACCAUGCUCGGUUGUUGCAACGGUCAGAUCUUCGACACUCGAACGCAAGAUUGCUGUUCCGGCCACAUUUACAACACCGAAACAACUGGAUGCUGCAAAGGACGCCUGUUCAAAAAGGAACCUCGACGAUGCUGCGGUGACAAGUACCUCUUCAACAGCAAUACUCAUGGCUGCUGUACUGAAAAUGGGCCGCAGGUCUUUCGAUUUGGUUCUCAAAAUUGCUGUGCUGCCCCCAAGGGAACUUGUCGAAUUCCGCCUGGAAUUGAAUCUUGCUGCAGAAAGGAAGGACAUUGGAGCGCUUCGCGCUAAGAGUUCUCAGCUGAAGUGGAAAAGUCACCGGUGCACACAUUUUUGGCACAAUAAAGUUUCCAGUCCUCCAAGAGAGUUGAUAGACAGCCAUGCACCUGUAGCUUGUGGCUUUUCCUCAAGAAAGCAUCAGAAGACAUCCC